GUCAAGAAGAAGAGUAAUUGUGAAAACAAGGUUGAACGGCUAUUGACGGUGAUUUAUUCUUAUUGUCGGCGUUGUUUAUCAAGUACUCAUUUAGUUUCGUAUUCGCCACGGAAGUGUUUGGAUAAGAGUAUUGUGGACGAAUUGUCGAUAAGCCGAAACGAUGGAUAGCAUUGAGAAACUUUACAAAUGCUACGAGAUAUUGUCGGAAGCUGGCGAUAAAAUUUCUGAGCACGAAUCGGAGUAUAAAGAAAUAUUGCAAGCAGUGAAAGGUUCGUCCAAGGAGAAACGAUUAGCCUCACAGUUUAUUGGGAAGUUUUUUAAACAUUUUCCAAAUUUGGCGGAUGGAGCCAUCGAUGCACAGCUCGAUUUGUGUGAAGAUGAAGACAUUCAGAUUCGACGACAAGCAAUCAAAGAUCUUCCGCAACUAUGCAAAGACACAAAAGAGCAUACGCCGAAAAUCGGCGAUACGCUGGCCCAAUUGCUUAUUUUAGAGGAUCCUACGGAGCUGCAGCAAGUUAACAUGUCCCUACAAGCAAUUCUUAAAUUUGAUCCCAAAGGAGCGUUGACCGGAAUUUUCAGUCAAAUCACUUCAGGAGACGAGGCAACGAGGGAGAAGUGUUUUAAAUUUUUAGCGACGAAACUUUUCGCACUUGGGCCCGAAGUAAUAACGAAAGAGGUGGAGGAUUUUAUUAUAGAGAAGAUUAAGAAUGUUCUGCAGGACGUCACGGCAGACGAGUUUCAUUUGUGUAUGAACAUUUUGAGCUCAACAAAAUUAGGUUCGACCAUUACGGGUCAUGUGGAACUUGUUAACUUAGCAAUCGAACAAGCCGAACUUGGAGCUGAUAUCGACGCUAUAACAAUAGAGGACGAAAUUGUAGAACGAUUCAUUCAGUGUGCAAAUCAUGCGAUGCCAUAUUUUUCGUCACAGAUCAAAUCCACGCCAUUCAUUCUAUUCGUGUGUGAUAAGUUGCUCCCAUUGAGUACAUGGAAUAUGAUUGCUACAGCGGAACAACAGGAUCAAGUGCAAUUGCGACUACUUAAGGUGUUCGCUGAAAUGUGUGCGUUUUGCGGACCCAUUGAGAAUGCAUCCAGCCGAACUGAAGCCAUCUACACAGUGUUGUUGGAAUACAUGCCGCUUCCGAAAUUAGACGACGAUGGAAUCAACAACACUCCAUCAUUCCAAUUUUCCCAUGCGGAAUGUCUUUUGUACGCUUUGCAUACGAUUGGGAAACAGAAUCCUGACAGCCUUGCAUUUACCAAUGAUCCAGUUAAACUGAAGGAUUUCAGAUCGAGACUUCAGUUUUUGGCCCGCGGUACACAAGGGUAUAUUAAAAAGCUACAAGAAGCCGUGAAAGACAAGACUGGCGAUGAACUGAAAACGGAGGAGAAUCAACUGAAACUCACAGCAUUAAAGACGACGUCCAACAUCAGCGCGUUGAUCCGCGAUUUGUUCCAUUCGCCGCCAAGUUUCAAGACAGAAAUUCAAUUAUCGUGGGUGACCCGCAAAAGUUCUAAAUUCGUAAACAAAAGGCACGCGCCCAUCACCUUCUCUGAAAACGCUAAAGCAGAGGCGUUGAAACGGCAAAAGUCAAACACCGAUCAACGAGUGUAUAUACCACCCUCCGGAAAGUAUUCGGCUAAAGUUUCGAAUUACAAUGGAAAUCGGAUGCGAUCCAAGCCGAACGGCGGAGGCGGCCGAAACCUGAAUCGACGCACAUUUAAGAAAUACUAAGUCGCAACGACAAGAAAGAACCAAAAAUGGGUUUUCGCGUUCCCAUGAAAACCAAUAGCUUGGGUUGAAUACGUGCAUUAUUUUAAACAACAUUAAAAGGCCAUAAUUGAAACUAUAUGGGAACGGAGGGAAUAUGAGAAGAAAGUGCACGUUGUCGGUAGAGUUGUCGUUUCAGCUUGAUUAACACCCGUAUUGACAACAAGAAAAAGUGUCGCUAGAAGAAGUAUUCAAUUUUCCUCCCUUUCACACUUAAUAAAUUUUUUUGAAUUUCUUUUCAGCCCUGACAGCAAUAAAAUAUUUAUCUCGUGUACGGAGUUGCUUCGACGCGAACGGAUUUCAUAUGCACGUAUGAAAUCUCUUAUAUUUUGAAUAUAAGUGAUUUUUUAGUUUUUCUUACUUUCUGAAACUGAUACCGCUUAACUUAGUAAAGUAUAAGGAAUUUUAAACGUAAACUGGUAGAGUAACUGUUAACUUGGAUUCGCUCGUCAGAGUGAUUUGAAAUCGUGUAAUUUCCACAAAAUUUGCACAACUUCGUCGAUGAUCUUCUUUUCAUACAAAUUGUGAAGGAUACAUUUGAGAUACUUUGUAUGAAAAGACGAAUGAAUAUUUUGUAUUUGAAGAAAUAUUGAGUGAGCUGGGAGUGGUGGCAACUCGAUGACUGCGCUUCGAUUUGCUCCACUGGGGAUGUUGCACUGAAGCAAGCGGAAGCGCACUUGAAUCGUUGCCAUCGCUCCGAGCGUACAUAUUUAAGAUUAUGGUAUAUUAUGAAAUUUAAGUUUUCAUUCGAUUUUGAUUUUAAAUAGAGUUUUCAGAUUUUAACGGCUUGAAAUUCUCAUCUUUUUUAUGGAGUGUCUCUGAUAUUUAUAAAUAGAAAUGUAAUUUUUAAAUCAUCCAUUAAAUAAACAAGUUCAAUACUUCUGCAACCAC